UGACAGUGCAACAGGUUAUUAUUAGUUUGUGGACGAUUUUCUAUUUAAUCUAUAUUUCUACAACAGUAGACAAGUCAACAGACGGACAGAUGCGUGACAGCACUGACAGCUGCUUGACAGAACGUCAAAGUUACGUGAUCACGAUCUUAUACAGUAAAUUGCAUUCUUAGAAAAUAAUUGAAUUUUACAGUGUUGAAACUAUUUAAAAGUAAAUGUUGAAAAUCAUAAGAUACUUUUCUAAUGAUUCAGAAGUUGUUAUGACAUCUUUGCAGUUAUAUAAACAUUUAUUGAGACAGUGUGAAAAGCUUCCCCCUGACGCUUGUAAACAUUACAAAUUCGCAGUUAAACAGAGUUACAAACAACACAAGUUUGAACCUGAUCCAGAGAGAGUAAAACAAAUCAUUUCUAAAAGCAUUGAUGAUGCCAAAUGGAUAGUGAAUAAGAAUAUUUUAGCCCCAAGAAUGUUUGGUGAAAAAAUAGAAGAUUACGAAAUAUUGGAACAUCUUGGUAAAGGAGGAUUUGCACAUGUAUAUAGAGCAAGAUGUCGAAGGACAGGACUAUUUGUUGCUAUCAAAAUGAUAGACAAAGCACUCAUGGCAAGUGCUGGUAUGAUUGGCAGAGUAAGACAAGAAGUGACCAUUCACUCGCGUCUUAAACAUCCUGCAAUUUUAGAAUUAUACACAUUCUUUGAAGAUGCACAUUAUGUUUAUUUAGUUUUAGAGCUAGCUCACAACGGGGAGCUAGCAAAACACUUCAAGUUAGGUACACGCGGACUUUCUGAAAAGGCAGCAGCUGAUAUAUUUAGACAAGUAUUGAGUGGAGUGUUAUAUCUCCAUACACACAACAUCAUUCAUAGAGAUUUAUCAUUGAACAACUUACUACUGACAAAGGACCUAAAUGUUAAAAUUGCUGAUUUUGGCUUAGCAACACAGCUGAAUGGACCUGAUGAGAAACAUGUUACCAUGUGUGGGACACCAAAUUAUAUAUCUCCAGAGGUAGCUGCUAGAGAAUUCCAUGGAUUACCAGCUGAUGUCUGGGGUUUGGGGUGUAUGUUGUACACUUUACUAGUAGGAAGCCCACCCUUCCACACUCAACAUGUCAAGACCACUUUAAAUAAAGUUAUAAAUGCAGAUUACAAGAUUCCAUUAGAACUUUCCCUGCAAGCCCAGGAUUUGUUACAGAGGCUUUUGUGCAAAGAUCCUACAAAAAGAAUAACAUUAAAGGGAAUUCUGGAACAUCCAUUCUUGUGUAACUCUCAAGGUACAUGUAAACAAGAUAUAUCUCGAGAUUCUGGUUUUCUUACUACACUGCACAGCACCCAGCAUAGCAAUAAAUACAAACAUGAUGAAAAAGGCGAGUCUGAGUGCCAUGUGAUGCCACAUAUUGAAAAGAAAGACAUGAGGCCUACAUCUUACAAUCUGUUUAGUCAAGAAAUCAGCUCAAACUCUACAUGCUCCAAUAACCGAAAUUAUAAUUUGUGUGCUGUUGUUGAUACACCUUCAGCAGAAACAUUUGAUUUCAGAAGUCAAAAUAAUGUGUUUCAGAAAAAUGAUAGUCCAUGCAAUAGCAAUCUGUCUUUAUUUGAAAACAUCAGAAAUUUGGAUAUAAAAUGUAAAACACCUCAGUUAAAAACAGAAGAAAACAAAGAAAAUGUUCCCAAAACAUGUGCUGUUAAUUCUAAUGUUUUGAGUGUUCCUCCACUGUGUGCUGAAAGAUUGCCUACAAUUUCGCACCGGACACGUAAUGCCAUCUUAAAAAUAGAACCUUCUGGAGUAAUUGUGGAGUUCAUUAAAAAGAAGGGUAAAGACAGAGAAGAACAAAUUACAGAAAUAUGUAAAAUAUCCAAAGAUGGCAUGAAAAUUAUAAUAUAUACAGUGGACAGCAGAACCAAAACUUUGAACAUUGACCAUGAUCCUAAUCCUGAUGAAGUAUUUACGUAUCAUAAUUUGCCACAAAAGCACUGGAAAAAAUAUUUAUAUGCUUCACGAUUUGUUGAACUUGUCAAAGCCAAAACACCAAAGAUAACACUGUACACAUCAUUAGCAAAAUGCCAGUUAAUGGAAAAUACAACUGAUAUUGAUAUUUUCUUUUAUAACGGAGAAAAAGUUACCUUUACUAGUUCAGAAGGAUUGAAAAUAAUUGACAAAAAUUUGAAAACCCAUUAUAAUCUUGCAAAAGCACCUGAACUUAAGUAUAUUACUGAUCACUUUGAAGAGUGUUCUAAUCGCAUGAAGAGAGUACAAUCAGCAUUAUCUGGUAUUCCUGACGAGUGUUUCCCUUUAAUAAUAGGCAAAAGACCUGUGCAAACUGUUGCUAAUGCACAGUCUCCAAUGCAGGGCUCAGUUAACGCAAAUUAUAAUACACCACUUCUGAAUAUAGGAUCAUUUCAUCGAACAGCUGCCAGCUCUAGUCAAGCUCCCAGUGAUUACAACUAUUAG